UAAAGCUCGGAGCCAUUUCCCAAUCUUGGAUGGAGUCAGCACCAGCCAAAUAAAAAAGCCCAACUCUUCCAACUGCAUCCCCUCGUUCGUACGGUGCUCUAUUCCGUCGUUCCAGACGAUCUUUAAUUAUUGACGUCAACUCUUCCAACAUGGUUUUAAAAUAGUAUUGUCCUCUCGUUGACCUGGAAGUCGUCGCCCACAGGCCACAGAUUCAGCUACAGCACUGCGGCAGGGUACGGGAUUUGAAGUGUCCAUACUGGAACAAGGACGACGCUCCACGGCUGAAGAAGGUGUGUCUCUGAAUGUCGGACGAGAACAAAAGACACUCUUGAUGUGGAUAUAAAGGCAGUGUCUUGAGAAGGAUCUGAACAAGAGAGAAGAAACGAAAUGACGUCACAGAAGGACAUCUUUGAUGUUGCAGGGCCAACGUAUCUGACAUACGUGAACUGGAACUGCCCUCAUCACCGGCGAUCCGUCAUGGCGAGCCUUGUGCAGGGCGUGUACGUCCUAGAGCGCGACCGGCAGUGCAACAGGCAGGGCGCCGACGCCCGCGCGCCGGCGUGGUGGAGGUUCUUCCGCUUCGAGCCGCGGCAGGUGCUCACCGACGCCGCCGACGGCUCUAUUUUCGGCGCCGUGUACGCGUUCCAGCCGCCGCUCCACCUCCUCGACCCCACGGCCGCCGCCAGCGCCCCGCACUACGUCGUCGCCUUCCGCGGGACCAUUACCAAGAAGGGCUCGGCGAAGCGGGACCUGGAGCUGGACCUGCAGCUCGUCCGCAACGGACUGGAAGGCAGGUCCCGGUUCCGCGCCGCCAUGCAGGCGAUCCAAGACACCCUGGCGGCGGCGGCGGGGCAGCACGGCCGCGUCUGGCUUGCGGGCCACUCGCUGGGCUCCGCCAUUGCGACGCUGGGUGCCAAGACCCUGGUCAGGGCAGGCGCCCCCGCCCUGCCCACGUUCCUCUUCAACGCGCCGUUCGUGUCCGCGCCGGUGGAGCGGAUCGGGGACCGGCGGCUGAGGCAGGGCAUCCGCAUCGCCAACAGCUUCGUCACGGCCGGUGUGGCAGCCGUCCUGCAGCGAGCCGGCGGCGGCGCCCACGACGCGGCGUUCGCGGCGAUGGCGGCUUGGAUGCCUAAUCUGUUCGUGAACCCGGCGGACCCCAUCAGCGCCGAGUACGUGGGGUACUUCGACCACCGCAGGAAGAUGGAGGCCAUCGGGGCCGGCGCCGUGGGGAGGCUGGCCACGAGGAACUCGGUCAAGGACCUGCUGCUGGGCAUUGGAAAGGGUCGCAGCGGCUGCGAACCGCUGCACCUCUUCCCGUCUGCCGUUCUGACGGUGAACCGCGGGCCGUCGCCGGACUUCAAGACGGCGCACGGGAUCCACCAAUGGUGGCGGCCCGACCUGUCACUGGAGUGCACCGCGCAUUACUACACGUGAACCUUUUACCCUGACUUCAUGAAGCUCCGUCCUCGAAUAUCUCACUUCACUCCGGGAUUUGGAUUGAAGGCUUGAAGCGACAAAGGUAGAAGCGUAACUUUCCAAACAUCGUACCCUUCGCCCGUUGAAGACUUAGUUGCAUUGAUGAUUUUGAUAUAACCUUUUUAAAAAAAAGAUUUUUUUUCGUUCGAGGAAGCAAGCUAAUGACUAUUUUCAACUGCAAGGUGUUGGAUGCAUAUGUAAGAGUAACUUCAACAGUUCUCUUGGGAAAAAGUCCUAAACUUAUGAAUAGCAAGUUGCUAAACAAC